CUUCCAUUUUAAAGUCGCAGAUUAUUCAAAAUCAUGCAGGAAAGAAUGAAAUCUGGACAAAUAAGUCAAAUAGGAAAUGUUCUUCGUAAUAAUUCAUGGAGCGAAGCUCCAGAAAGUGACGAAGAUGUUGAAAAUAGUCAAUUAAAUACUAAUCCCUGUAUAAAUAAAAGAGAUAUUCAGGGAAGGUGUCUGGGGCAAAAUAUAUGUUGCGGCACCAGUAAUAUAGAGGACAAGAUGCGAAGAAAGUUAAGAUUCUUUUUUAUGAACCCUAUUGAAAAAUGGCAAGCAAAGAGAAGAUUUCCGUAUAAAUUUGUUGUGCAAGUGAUAAAAAUAAUUUUGGUAACAAUCCAACUCUGCGUAUUUGCACAUAAUAAUUAUAUGCACGUUAAUUAUACGUGGGACAAUAGAAUUGCCUUUUCCCAUUUAUUUCUUCGAGGCUGGGAUAUAAGCCAAGAAGUACAGGCUUAUCCACCUGCUACAGGACCUCUCGCCCUUUACAGACAAGAUGAAUUUUAUAAAACUGUCGAUUAUGCUUUAACAGGAUACUAUAAUCUCAGUAAUGCGAUUGGAUCGUACUCUUACACGGCUGAAGAUAAUUCAGUUGGCUUGGUUGUUUUGUGCCUAUAUAAUUAUGAAGAAGGAAUUAUAUUUGGUUUUAAUGAAAGCUACAUUUUCAAUAAUAAAAUAGAUGAAACUUGUAUUAAUAUAACGAGACAGGAGGAACAAAAUUUUACAUCAAAAACUCUUCUGCAACAAAGCAACAUUCACGUUAAUUUCUCUGCCCUAGUUAAAGCGGAGUUGAAAUUUGCUCUCAAAACUGUUAACUUAAAGGCUGCUGGACCAAUAACACCUCCCGACUGUUACAAAUUUAACAUAAAAAUUCUCUUUGAUAAUAAAGAUUUUGACGGGCAGAUGCUGCUAUCACUGGACGCAGAGCCUAUGAGACUAGUUUGCAAGGGUGAUACGCAGUACAUAACCGAUAAUCAAAUAGAGUCAGCAUUGCGAACAAUGCUGAACCUACUCGUGAUAAUUAUUUGUAGUAUUUCAUUAGGAUUAUGCUCAAGAGCGAUUUAUCGAGCGCAGAUACUAAAAUUUGAAACUAUGAAUUUUUUUGACAAAAUGUACGGGAAGCCAUUGGGCAUUGACGAACGUUUAGAAUUUUUGAACCUCUGGUAUGUUAUGAUAAUUGCAAAUGAUAUUCUCUUAAUAAUGGGCUCAGCCAUAAAGCAGCAGAUCGAGAAGAAACAGUAUGGUAACGACCAUUGGAAUAUCUGCAGCAUCUUCUUGGGCACUGGAAAUUUGCUGGUAUGGUUUGGUGUACUUCGCUACCUUGGCUUCUUUAAGACAUACAAUGUCGUGAUAUUAACAUUAAAGAAGGCGGCACCAAAAGUUGCUCGAUUUUUAAUCUGUGCCAUACUUAUAUAUGCAGGAUUUACAUUUUGUGGUUGGCUUGUUCUGGGACCUUAUCACAUGAAGUUUCGCUCCCUUGCUACAACGUCAGAGUGUUUAUUUGCCCUUAUUAAUGGUGACGAUAUGUUUGCUACGUUCUCCAUAACAUCGUAUAAAUCGUCGAUGCUUUGGUGGUAUUCGCGCAUCUACUUGUACUCUUUCAUUUCGCUUUACAUUUACGUGGUCCUGAGCCUUUUCAUAUCGGUCAUAAUGGACGCAUACGACACGAUAAAGCUUUACUACAGGGACGGUUUUCCAAAGAAUGAUUUGCAGUCCUUCAUAUCGGUAUGCACGGAGGACGCAUCGAGUGGUGCUUAUAGGGAUGGCCUGGACGACGAUACGAUAUUUGGUGAUUAUCUUACAAGGCUCUGCUGUUGUCGAACAAAGAAGCAGAUUAUCAAGUCCCUCAUACAUUCAAGCGAGAGUAGCAGCUCAAGCUCUGACCAUCCUCAAGCUUAUCAGAGUGCUAUACGCAUUUGAUGUAAUAUCAAAAUUUUUAAUCACGAUUCUGCUUAUUUAUUACGAUCUAAGCUUAUUGUCUGGAUCUAUGAAUUUUACAAAUACGACCAUCAGCCCUUCAACUUUAAAUAUGCAUUCCGUAUAUUAUUGAAGGCGUUGUUU